AGACGAUGACAUAUAGGGAAAUAUUACAACAAAGUACUAAUUGUCUGUGGAGACUCUAAAACGAGGGAGAGAGAGACAGAUUGAAAAGAAAACAAAAGCGGAAAAACUAACACUCUUGGGGCGAAUAUAAAAUUCCAUUUGGUGUAGUGAACAUUCGUUUUUUGUGAUUAAUUUUGUGGGUGCAGGCUGGCAAACAGACCAUAUGUGAUGGAGGAAAUUCUACAGGCAGAAGAUAAAAAAAUUUCACCUAUGAGUGAUGAAAAGGUUGGUGACACUAAGAAGGUGCAAGAGAGGCAGAAAAUCGAUGGACGAGAAAAAGAAACUUUGAAGAAACCAUUAUCUGAUAAUCAAGAAGAAGAAAGACCCUCAAUAGAGAGUCCGCAUAUGGAAAAACAGCUGGAGCUGGAGGAGAGAUUGAUUCAUGACAUUAGGAAAUUAGAUCUCCGGCAGUCCAUUAAAGCCAAAAUGAGCAACGAAGACGAAAUAAAAGAGGCAAUGCAGGGUGAAAAAUGUGAAUUAGAUUCAAAACCCCAAUAUGGAGAUGAUUUUUUACUGAAGAAUGUCAAAAAAAUAACAUUUACCAAUGACAUUAAGAAAUUUGAUUAUCAAAAAUUUGCGGGAAGCAAACCCAAGGGCGAUAUCGUAGAAGAAAAUUCUCCAGAAACUGAAAAACAGAAAGAGUCUGUUGAAGAAGUUCCUUUGAAUACAUAUAUCUCAAGUAAAGGCGAAGUUUCAAGGGAAUUAACUGUAUCUGCAAUAUGGACUGAAAAUAAUGAUACUUCACAAUAUGAGGGACAAGAAAAUAUUGGCAAAGUGGAGAAGGUCUCUCAGCUUCAUGCAAAACAAUCUUCUAAUCCAAAAAAUCAAGAAGAAAUUUUGCCACAUAAAUCCUUAGAAAAUAUCCCCGAAAGACUUGAGAAGAAAUUGAAUUUCCUUGCUGAUGAUACCGCAAAAACCAAGAGUUCAAGUGACAUUUUAGACUCCACUUCAACAGAACCCGAUAAGGAAACUUUUCAUACUGGUGUUUCGACUUCCAUGCCUUCUGCUCCUUGUAAGGGCACCAAGCAACGCCUUUUGACAGGAAGUCGUUACAGUGGUGUGUGGCAUAAUGCCCUUCAAUGCAUGGAUGGUUAUGGCAUCUACACCUAUCCCGAUGGCAGUGAAUAUCGUGGUUAUUUUCAAUGUGGUCACUUCAAUGGUUAUGGUACUUUACACCUCGCUUCACCCUAUAAUUUCACCUACAAAGGCACUUUUGUGGAUGGUGUCUUAGAGGAAAUCGAUUCCAUGUGGUUUGAUGAUGGCCUACAAGUCACAGCCUCUUUUCGAGCAAUGAAGGCCGAUUUUUCUUCAUGGAAUUAUUGCUGCAAACGGGAUCGCCGCUUUGCCAUAGAACAUGUUCAGGGUAUACCACCAGUUGGUCCCACUUCCUUUCCUACCGCCAAAGGCCCGGCCAGAGAACUACGCAAGCAUCAGCUUGAUGUCGAAGAGGGCAUUUAUAAUCCUCGAACUGGUUUAAUUCUACAUCGUCAUCCCCCUUUUCCCGAAAUGAAGGUGGUCGCUUGUGAAGAGGAAAUCGCUUGGAUUCGCAAUAAUUGCCGUCAGGCCUCCAAUGAACCUCUUAGCAUACCUUCAAAUGUCCGUCAACAAAUAAUAGAAAAUAAUUUGGAAAACGAAAGAGAACUUCGUGAACAUGAACCAAGCUGCAAUUAUGAUCAAUCCAAAGAGCGUGAACAUUACUUUGCUAAACUUUGUAGUGAGGAUGGAAGUUCGGAAGAUUCCAUAGGUUUACGCAAAAGCUCCUCGACUUGUGAGAGCAGCAUUUCAGGGGGUACCAUUUCAGUUGAUCUUGAGCAACGUUUGGAAACAGAUCGUCAUCAUGAGCAUAGAACUUUGGGAUGUGACUUGGAACGUGAAGCCAUGCCGCUGGUAUUGGAACCUGUACAAAAGACUUCUAGACGCAGCACGGUUGUAAUGCCAUUUGAAAGAUUCUAAACAAAUUAUUUAUGACUUUUAAAUUUUUAAAUAUUCUCUCGAAACACAAAA